GUCUUAUCCAGACUUUUUACAUUGAGUUAGUGUUAAUCUGGUAUUUAGCGACCUCUUUUGGUUAUACAUGGGUAUUACAUUUUAUGUUAUAGUCCUUAUUUCAUGACAUCAUAAAUGUGAGCCUAUGCAUUCAGAAGCCGCAUGGAAGAGCAAACGGCUGUAGUUUCAUUUGCUCCCUUAUACAAGUUGUACUGAAGGCACAUUCGUUUUACGUUAUUCCAUAAUCUACAGUAAAAGGUUCAAACUUAUGCCUUGAGUCUGUUGUCAUUGGAAGACGUUAUCUCUCUGUCGAAUCAAGCAAGGCGUUUGAUAUAAGGGGCAGAACAGUAAAACGAAUAUCUUCAGCAAUCAGCUUCUAGUUUAUGACUCCACGGCGGGGAGCAAGUCAGCUCAUGAGGUGAUUCUCUCAACAAUGUCCAAGCCAAGCUCCAAAGCUGGAUCACAGAAGCGAGCAGCAAGCUCAUCACGCUCGUCACGCCACUCACAUGGCUCAUCAGCUGUAAUCACCGCUGCUGCAAUGGCACGAGCAGAGGCUGAAGCGGUUAAAGCAGAAAUAACUUUUGCUAAGAAAGAAAGUGAACUAAAAGUACAACAAGCCCAGUUGGAAGCAUCAUUAGAGACUUUAAGACAGGAAAAGAAAGCUGCUGCCAUACAAGCGAAAGCAGAGGCUUUAGAAACGGCGGCAGAAUUAGAAAGCAGAGGGCAAUCAAGUUUGUCAGAGCUGCCUAUAGAGGAUGCAACAGAACGCACACAGGCCUAUGUAUCAGAACAGAUGGAGAGUGAUGUGGAUGCAGAGGCGCCAGUCCCGGACGGACCGUUUUAUGAUAAGGAAAGCAUACCUUUUUCAGAAAUGCAACAACCACAGAAUACUGUAUCGUAUUUGCAACAGGAAAAGCAGUGUACUUCAUAUGCCACGCCGCCCAGAUCUCAGCCUAGUAAUGCAGAGAACAUACAGAACCCUGCCAUUUCACAGUCUACCAGCGUACGCUUCACAAUUUCUGGUCAACGAAAGGCAUUCACCCAGUCACCUCACAAUGUUUAUCAUCCAGAAGCCCAGUCUCCAGCUGUUCAAGGUAGUGAGGAAAGGAGCAGACAUAGAGGGACGCCACUGAGUUAUUCUCAGACAAUGUCAGGUACCCCCUUGUACGCUGGACCUCAUCAAAGUAAUUUGUAUGCGGACAGUCAAAUCUCAGACGUGGUCAGGUUUAUUGCAAGACGUGAUUUGGUGUCUACUGGCCUUACGCAGUUUAACGACCAACCGGAAACCUUCAGAGCAUGGAGAGCAUCCUUCAUAAAUGCUACAGAAGACCUUAACAUUUCACCAAGUGAAGAAAUGGACUUGCUAGUAAGAUGGCUGGGGCGCGAGUCAGCAGAGCAUGCAAAACGUAUUAGAGCUGUCCACAUUAACUAUCCAUUACAAGGGCUCAGUAUGAUUUGGAAAAGACUUUACGAAUUAUAUGGCGCACCAGAAAUGGUUGAGAGCUCACUCUUCAGGAGACUGGAGAACUUCCCCAAAAUAUCAAACAGAGACAAUUGCAGACUACGUGAGCUAAGUGAUUUGCUCAUGGAGAUCCAAGCAGCUAUGCAGGAUGGCGAUCUGAUGGGUCUUACCUAUCUAGACACACCACGAGGAGUAAACCCAAUAAUACAGAAAUUGCCAUUCAGCUUACAAGAGAAGUGGCUCACGGUGGGGUCUAAAUACAAAGAGGAUUACAGGGUUUCCUUUCCACCCUUUAAGUUCCUAGUAGACUUUGUAUGUCAGCAAGCAAAAAUGCGCAAUGAUCCAAGUUUCUCCCUUACAGCCAUACACGAAGAGUCUCACAGACCAAACAAACAGUUAAACAAACAUGUCUUUCCCAGAGCUGUUGUGACACACAAGACUCAGGUUUCUUCUGGGAGUCCAUUAGCUGCGAGUGAACUCAAAAAUAAGAUAAACCCAGCGAAACAAUGCUUUUUGCAUGAUAAGCCUCAUCCCCUGUCCAGAUGUAGAGGAUUAAGGAUGAAACCUAUGGAGGAAAGGAAAUCAUUGCUUAAACAGCAAGGAAUAUGCUUCAAAUGUUGCAGUUCCAUUUUACACAUGGCAAAGAACUGUGACGAGGACAUCAAAUGUUCAGAAUGUGGCAGCAGUACCCACAUAGCAGCACUUCAUCCAGGACCAGCACCCUGGACGACUGAUCCAAAACAACCCGUAGCUGAAAAUCAGAAAGUGAGUGAAGACAUUCCUGUGGAAACAGAGGUCUCCUCAGCGUGUACGGAAAUAUGUGGAAACAGUCAACUUCCUCGUUCCUGCUCGAAGGUCUGUCUUGUGAAUGUCUUUCCGAAAAACCAUCCAGAAAAAGCAGUUAAAGCAUAUGUCAUACUAGAUGAUCAAAGCAACAGAUCGCUCGCAAGAUCAGAAUUCUUUGAUCUGUUCAGCAUUACAGAACGCAGCAUAGCUUAUACCCUCAAAACAUGCGCAGGUACGAUAGAAACUGAAGGCAGGAUAGCUCAAGGCUUUCAAGUGGAAUCUCUAGAUGGAGGCUUGACCUUAUCCUUACCUGCUCUUCUCGAGUGCAACGAAAUCCCAGACAACCGCUCAGAAAUUCCUACUCCAGAAGUGAUUAGUAAGCACAGGCACUUAAAACAUCUUGCUAGGUACAUUCCAGAACCCAACCAUCAUGCCCCCAUUCUAUUUCUGUUAGGCAGAGACAUUAUCAGAGUCCACAAAGCCCAUAGGCAAGUGAAUGGUCCACCAAAUGCCCCCUUUGCACAAAAGUUAGAUUUAGGGUGGGUAAUUAUUGGAGACAUGUGCCUCGGGAAAGUUCAUAAACCUACUUUCGUCCAAGCUUAUCACACGAACAUUCUAGACAAUGGUCAGUCGACACACUUUCAGCCAUGUCCUAACAACUACAACAUAAAAGAAAGAUCCCAAAGUGUCUCUCUCACCAAGCCUCUGAUCAGGGAGAACACUCAAAGACUGACAGAGUGGGACGUAUUUCAGAAAACAAAAGACGACGAGAAAACAGCACCAUCUAUCGAGGACAAGCUAUUUCUUCAGAUCAUGGACAGAGAAGUCUACAAAGACGAUGAAAAUUCAUGGGUUGCCCCACUCCCAUUCAAAGAGCCAAGACAACUUCUGCCGAACAACCGUCCACAAGCAGUGGAACGCCUUAAGUCACUUCUGCGAUCUUUCAGAAGGAAACCAGAGAUCAAAAGGGACUUUGUAGCCUUUAUGGAAAAGCUGUUUGAAAAUGAUCAUGCAGAGAUAGCUCCAUCAGUCAGACCAAAUGAACAGUGUUGGUAUUUGCCUUCCUUCGGGGUAUACCAUCCUAAAAAGCCAUCCCAAAUGCGAGUAGUCUUCGACUCAAGUGCUCUCUAUAAAGGUGUAUCACUGAAUAAGGUCCUCUUGACAGGUCCGGACCUCAAUAACAGUCUCCUCGGAGUCCUCAUGCGGUUUCGUAAAGAGCCCGUCGCUUUCAUGGUGGACAUACAACAAAUGUUCCACUGCUUCAGAGUUCGGCCUGCAGACAGGAACUACCUCAGGUUUCUUUGGUUCCAUGAAAAUAACCCAGAAAACGAGCUCACCGAAUACAGUAUGAAGGUACAUGUGUUCGGCAACAGUCCAUCUCCGGCAGUGGCUAUCUACUGUCUUCGCUGUGCAGCUCAAGAAGGAGAAACCGAUUUCGGUGAAGAUGCCAGACAGUUCGUAGAGGAAGACUUUUAUAUGGAUGACGGACUGAAGUCUUUACCCUCACCAGAAAUGGCCAUAAGCUUGCUAAAAAGGACACAAGACAUGCUGGCUGGAUCUAACUUGAAGUUACACAAAUUGGCUUCAAACAGUAAGAAAGUCAUGCAAGCGUUUUCAUCUGAGGAUUAUGCCAACUCACUGAAAGAACUGGAUUUAGGUGUUAAUUCACUUCCUAUGCAGCGCACUCUCGGCUUACUGUGGAAUUUGGAGACAGACUGUUUCAACUUCCAAGUGCAAAGUGACAAUAGACCAUACACUAGACGUGGACUGUUAUCAGUGGUAAACAGUUUGUAUGACCCACUUGGAUUUGUGGCCCCUAUAACAGUUCAGGGCAAGUUAUUACUGAGAGAAUUGACUGCAAACGCUACUGACUGGGACUCACCCUUACCUGCGAGCGGUCAGGAGCUGUGGGAUUCAUGGAAAAACUCUCUGCAAGAGUUACAACAUAUACAAGUCCCAAGGAGCUAUGGACUCGUAUCACCAUCAGGUGCCAAGUUCACAGAGCUUUCUGUGUUUUCAGAUGCUUCCGAGAAGAUAAUCGCCGCUGUCGCUUACCUAAAAACAGUCGAUUCGAAUGGUAAUUGCCAUGCAGGAUUCAUCACAGGCAAAGCAAGAUUAGCGCCACUUCCAGAGCUCUCCAUACCACGCCUAGAACUAUGUGCGGCUGUGUUGUCUGUAAACAUGAUGGAAACGAUCAUUGCAGAAAUUGCUAUCAGGUUUGACGAGAUAAACCUCUACACAGAUAGUCGAGUUGUUCUCAGCUAUAUCUGCAACGAGAAACGUAGAUUUCAUGUCUACGUAAGCAACCGUGUACAAAGGAUUCGGAGUAGGACUAAGCCAGAGCAGUGGCAUUAUGUGAGCUCAGAUCACAACCCUGCGGACAUUGCGACACGACCGAUAACUCCAACUAAAUUGCAAGACACGAUUUGGUUCAGUGGACCUGCAUUUUUGCAUCAACUGAAAACGGAGACUGUACCUAAAGCACCCUUUCCACUUGUUGAUCCUGAUCGAGAUGUAGAAGUUCGCACGCAUAUGACACUGUCAAAUACCUCAUUCUCCAGGCGUUUUGAACGUUUUUCUGUCUGGAACCGCUUAAUCAGAGCUAUUGGCAAGUUGAUUCACAUUGCACACUCCUAUAAGCCAGAUCAAAAAGGUCACACUCCAGCGUGCAAAGGUUGGCACUGUUGCAAACUGCCCCCGAGUGCCGAUACAAUAAUUCAGAGCACAAAAGUUGUCAUUCGUGCAAUACAACAGGAAACAUACACGGAUGAGUUGCAGUGCCUAAAACAGAACAAACCCCUUCCUAAAACAAGUACUCCUUGAAAACUAGACCCCUUUGUUGA